UAUCUUUUCCUCCCUUGCCUCAAGUACCUUAAGUGACGGUUUUUCAUGACCCAUCCUCGUACGUCCCUCUGCCAGCCAGAAGGAGUCCUGCCUUGGAGCUACUGCUUGUUGUAGUGCUCAAGGCAUAACCUACAUUUGUUUUGUUUUGUUUUGGCUGUUUGUUGGCUUCCAGGAGGGGAUCUGAUGCAAGGGCAACUGUUUGUUUUAUUUUCCUUUGCGUCUUUCCCUGAGGAGAGGUACCAAGUUCUGCUGCGAGUAUCUAGGAGGCUGAGACUUUCUCCUCUCCUGAGCCGGUGUUGCAGAUGGUGAUGAGGCCGCCACGGUUGGAUCGGGUACAGAUCAUGUUCCUCCAUCUGCUAAUUUUGAGCCUGGGAAUGCAGCUUCAUCAGACAGCAGCUUUAUUUACAGUGACGGCCCCUCAGGAACUGUACACAGUGGACCAUGGGAGCAGUGUGACCCUGGAGUGUCACUUUGACACUGGAGGUCAUGUGGAACUCAGGAACUUAAAGGCCAGUUUGCAGAAGAUGGAAAACUAUACAUCCUUGCAGAGUGAAAGAGCCAGCUUGCUGGAAGAGCAGCUGCCCCUGGGGAAGGCCUCAUUCCACAUCCCUCGAGUGCAGCUGACGGACGCGGGCCAGUACCGCUGCCUCAUCAUCUACGGCCUCGCCUGGGACUACAAGUACCUGACUCUGAAAGUCAAAGCUUCCUACAAGAAAAUAAACACUUAUUUACUUAGGAUCCCCGGGGUAGAUGAGGUAGAGCUCACCUGCCAGGCUGAAGGUUAUCCGUUGGCAGAAGUAUCCUGGUCAAACAUCAGCGUUCCUGCCAACACCAGCCACAUCAAGACCGCUGAUGGCCUCUACCAGGUCACCAGCAUUCUGCGCCUCAAGCUGCACCCUGGCGGGAACGUCAGCUGUGUGUUCUGGAAUGCUAACAUGGACGAACGUUUUUCAGCCGUCAUUGAAUAUGGUGAAAGUGGUGGCAAAGAACCUGGCACCUCUUCAAACUGGCUGCUUCAUGUUUUCAUCCCUUCCUUCAUCAUUGUUUUGAUGUUCGUAGCUACAAUGAUAGGCCUAAGAAAACAGCUCUUCCAAAAGCUUCCUUUUAGAAAAGACGCAACAAAAAAAUCUGUUGCCGCCAUAAGGAGGGAAGUGGACAGAGCUAUUUGAACCUGUGGUUUCAGGAGCUGGGGUGACCUGAUGGAACAUCCUUAAGAAGCUUCUGGACUCUGAACAAGAGAGAGGCAGCACCAGGCCAUGUGUGCUCAGAGGAAGCCAGGCACCCCACCCCUCCCAGAUCCAGGCACUCACCUCCACAGCUGUGACUCUAAGCAAAGCACGAUAGCACUUUAGGAAAUGACCACCCUGGAUCGUAGACCCCAAUGAGUGUUCUGAGGCUCCUUCUUGCUGCCAGGCCGAAAACAAAGGGAAUUCCCCCCCCCCCUGCUUUUCCAAAGUGAUUUCCAGAAGCAGAGAUGAGUGGAAAUUUUCAGUUGCAGAAAUGGACCCAUUGCCAAUAGAGUUAUUUUUAUCUGCAGUUUCUUCUUGAUUCCAGAAAAGCCUAUUGAGUCCAUGAACUCACAGAACUUUAAACAAAGUCAAGCCAUAAUUGGCGUAUCGUAUGGUUUAGUGGAAUCUGGAAAGAAUCUGAGUUAUUUUAAUUAACAGAAAGCAUUUAAGUACACAGUGGACAACUCCAAUUGUGGAGAAAGGCCAUUGAGUAUUUCUGUGAGAUCUAAAUCACAAAGCAUUUGUUUUAACCUGUAAUGGCACCAUACUAAAUGAUUUUUUUUAAACUCCAUCUUCCCUUUUAAAAAUGCUGUUUUUU